AGAAGCCAAUCCAAAGGAAUCCCAAAUGCUCAAAUCUUCAACAACACUCACUGCUCUCAAAUCAAGAAGAAAACGCUCGCGGGAGUGUAUUUGGGUAGGGACGAUCGGCAUGGAAAAAAGGAGACCUAAACCAGCGUCUGAAUGAACUGAAGAAUUUCACAAAAAGAAACCGAUCACCUCUCUCUAUCAGAGCGUCUUCUUUCAUUACUUGCAAUGCCCACCACCUGUUUGAUCACACGCCCAACCUUUUCGUCUUAUCUUCUUCACAACCCGAAGUUCCAUUCUUUGCCCUCAGCCUCUUCAACUUCUUUUCCUUCAUUUUUGUGUAGCUUAAAGCCCAGGAGGCUCCACAUAUUGAGACCAUGUUCGUCUCUCAAAGAAACCAAGAAGCAGCAGACUCCUUCCCAGACUCCCUCCAGCGCUCCCCAGAGGUUCAGAAGUCUCUUCAAUCUCGGUCCCAAAGAAGAGGAUGAUGUUACUAAGAGUGGUGAUGGGAAGAGCUUGGACGAGGGCGCUGCCAUGAAAGGCACGAUUUUGGCUGGACUUUUACUUUUAGUUGGUAUUGGUGGAUUUGCGGCUGCGAGUUACCUCUACAAAGACCAGAUUAGUGAUCUCUUGAACCAGUUGACUGUCUUCAUCGAAGGUCAUGGGCCAGCUGGAUAUGCACUCUUUGUUGUGGUUUAUGCUGCAUUGGAAAUCCUUGCAAUACCGGCUAUUCCAUUAACCCUCACUGCUGGCCUUCUGUUUGGUUCUCUCACUGGAACCAUUAUUGUCUCUAUCAGUGGAACAAUGGCUGCAAGCGUUGCAUUUCUGAUUGCCAGAUAUUUUGCUCGUGAUAGCAUUCUCAAAUUAGUUGAAGGGAACACGAAAUUUCUUGCCAUUGACAGAGCUAUUGGUGAAAAUGGUUUUAAAAUUGUCACUCUUCUCCGCUUGAGCCCUUUGCUUCCAUUUUCUCUUGGGAAUUAUUUGUAUGGGCUUACUUCUGUUGAGUUUGUGCCAUAUGUUUUGGGAAGUUGGCUAGGUAUGUUACCUGGAACAUGGGCUUAUGUGAGUGCAGGUGCAUUGGGCCGCGCAAUUAUCCAAGAUGGAUCUGUGAGUGCUCUCGGCGGAGGAAACGGUGUAUUGACACUUGGAUUUGGUCUUCUGUUUACUGUAGUAGCCGCAGCUUAUGUGACACGGCUCGCUAAGGAUGCAAUGAAGGAUAUCGAGUAGAGAAUGUCAAAAUCAUUUCUGCUAAUUAUUUAUGGGGUUGAACCAUCAAAUGAACACGAUAGGUUCCGCCGGACCAUGAAAUGAUCAAAUUUGUAUCGAAAGGAAUUGAUUAUGUGAACCCGUCCCACACGAGUCAAGCGGAUCUGUAAGUGGGUAUAUGCAUCUAUAGAGAGAGAGAGAGAGAGAGAGAGAGGGAGAUAGCAAAGUGGCAUUACUCUUUUUUGUCUGUUGCUCCAUGUGAGAUAUGAUAUGACAGUCUUCCUUUGGUAAGCUUCGAAAUUGCUCAUUUUUAAAGCUUUUGUGUGGUGGAUGUAAAUUACUCCCUAUGCAAUAUCAGUGCUCUAUAUUGCUAUCUAGUAGAUAGAGUUUUGAUUGUGAUAUUCAUUUUUUUUUGGGUAGAAAUGUUUCAUAGGGACCAACAAUAAGUAAGAAGGAUUUUAUUCCCUAGGCUUAGAUUGAUUCAAUCUAAUUUGAGACCUAUGUAUUGCUUAUGGAAUAAUUGAUUCUUUAUCUU